AUGUUGUAUUCUAUAUUCAUUAUCAUAGCUUUUACGCUUCCUCAAUAUGUUCAUAGCAGUUGUUGUCGUUUACCGUUUACUGAUGGCGAAUGCCAAGUUAAUCGGAAAGGUCCACAUCGAUAUCACGUCAUGCCUGAUCUUCGUUCAGGUCUAGUUACGGAAAGUACAGAAUGUUAUAUAAAUGAUUUUGAUGCGACUUAUCGAAAAUUAGUUGAAACAAAAAAUUAUUGUAAUGAUUGUCCUGGUCUACUGAUCUUUCAUACGAAUUCAUCUGAAAUAUUCCUAUUUCCAGAAUAUAUCGAACGCAUUUUAGAAGGACGAACACAAGCACAACGAAAAAAUGUAGUGAUUUUAACAACAUCAUUAACUGGAGCAUAUGAUCUAAAUUUUACAUUAUUUUCACGUUAUUAUUCGUCUCGUCGAGUAGAUGAAGUUCCUUCACUCUAUGUCGAUUUACAAUUACCAGAAUAUGAUCCAAAACUAGAAGUACAACCGAGUCUACGUCUUCGUAUACCUAAUUAUAUUGAAGAUAAAGAAGGAUCAUCAAAAAUCAGCCGACAACAAUUAAUUAGUCCAUUGAUCGAUAUUGAACAUACUAUGAUCCAUCAAUUGCCGUAUCUUUAUCAUUUCGAUAUAGAAAAACAUCGUCAUCCACCAACUCGUUGUACUUUAUAUGAUGUUCAAAUUUCAUCGUCUGGUCUCGUUUGGAAAGUGUUAGAUUCUGAAGCCGCAGCCUGUCGUACAUUUAUGUCACAUUUUGGACAAAACAAAUGUUUUGCAACAGGUUUUACGCGACUAUUUUGUCCCAUUGAAGAAAGUAUAUUGUCCGAUGAUCGACUAGAAUUACCAUCGUAUGUUCAAAUGGAAGCCUACGUGGAACGUUUAACAAUAGCUGUAACUGGCAGUCGCCAAGUUGCUAUGUCCUUAAGUAACGAUCAAAUGCGACCUGCUAAACAAGUUAAAAUUCUUCUUCUUCGAGGUUAUUUAUUAGUGACAGAUAUCAAUAUUGAUCUACCUAUUCUGGUUGAAUAUGGAAGUAAUUGUGAUGAUUAUGGUUUAGUUGUUCCGGACGGUUUCAGUACAACUCGUUAUCGUCAUUUUGAUAGUGAAAAUACUCCUAUCUCUCUAAGAAAUAGGGCUAUAGAUGCACCAUCUUGUUUUCAAGUAAUACCUAAUUUAGCUCAAGUAUUAUUAUCAUUAUCAUUUAGGAAGAGUGCUCUUCUUUCAUCAACUAUUCAAUCAAAAUCCGAUGAAAAACAAAUAGCAAUAGUUUCAGAUUCAACAGAGUCAACAAUUACACUUGAUUUAAACUUAACAAAUGUAACAAAUGAUUAUCAAGAAAUUAGUAAAACAAACUAUUGGAACAUUAUACUGAAUAAGAAGAAUUUAGCUUAUGCUGCUAUUGUUUUACUAGUUUUACUUAUUCUUAUUCCGUUAUGCGUUAUUGUUUUCUGUCUUGUAUAUUGUAAUGAUGAUCAUGAAGCAAGUUGGACAUUGAAACAUGUUUCUCAUGCAAAUCCCCCUUAUAAUACUUCUAUGGAUGAUCAAAGUAAUACUUCAGCUAAUUCAAAUGUCCAUAAAUCAACUCAAACAACAGACAAUCCCAUUCGUAUUUAA